AAUACCAAUUUUCCAUCAAACAUUGUCUUCUUCAUCUUACCCUAAGCUGUCACAUUUGAGUCUUUACUCCAACGAAUUCCAAAUUUUCUGUUACAAUUAUAUACUUCAAUUGUUAUUUAUUUAAUAGAUUAGGUGACCAAAUUUCCUCAGAUACUCAGAACAGAAGAUGAUAAGAUUCCAACUUAAUUAUUCUUAGUCCAUAGUGGGAGCUAAUUUCGGCUUAUUACAUUGGAUGAUCAGCUGGAAAGUGGAUCAAGACACAUAGCCAGACAAACUAAUGUUGGAAUUUGUGAUUAAUUAUUAUUUUUUAAAUUAAAUAUUACUACCUUUGUAUUAGCACUUCUUGGUUGAUAUUGAUAGCAUGGAAUGAAUGAAACAAAAAAACAUAGAAAAGACUAAAUAUUUUCUUAAUAUACGGUCCUAUAAAAUUAAUUAAUAAUAAAAUGAGAGUGACUUUGGCCUGCAUAAUUGGUGCUAUUAAUUAAGCUCGUUUUAACAUUCUAAUAUACUGAUCCUUUCUACCUUUCCUUCAUUUUCUCAUAGUUUUCUCUCAUUUUCUCAUAUAGAUAUAGAUAUCAUGGCAAGUUCAAGCCCCGCCGCAGUCAGCAGAAGACUGGAAGGAAAAGUGGCGUUGAUAACCGGAGGAGCUAGUGGAAUCGGCAAACGCACUGCAGAGAUAUUCGUAGAACAAGGAGCCAAAGUAGUGAUCGCAGACAUCCAAGACGAACUUGGACACUCAGUUGCUCAAUCCAUAGGAUCGUCAACAUGUUUAUAUGUACACUGCGAUGUCACUGAUGAAAACCAAAUCAAAAACGCUGUGGACACAACUGUACAAACGUAUGGAAAACUCGACAUCAUGUUCAACAAUGCUGGCAUAGGUGGCCCUAACAACUCUCGAAUCAUUGACAACGAUAAAGCAGAUUUCGAACGUGUACUAAGCGUCAAUCUCACAGGUGUUUUCCUCGGCAUCAAACACGCAGCACAAGCCAUGAUCCCAGCUCGUACCGGUAGCAUUAUAAGUACUUCUAGCAUAAGCUCUUAUGUUGGUGGUGCUGCCUCACAUGCUUAUUGUUGUGCAAAGCAUGCUGUGGUUGGUUUAACUAAAAAUGCAGCAGUUGAACUCGGACAAUUUGGGAUUAGAGUUAAUUGUUUGUCUCCUUACGCUUGUGCAACUCCUUUGGCAACACAAUUUGUUGGAUUGAACGACGAUAUGCUUGAAAGUACCAUGAGCUUGUUGGCUAAUCUUAAGGGUGUGACAUUUAAAACCGAUGAUGUCGCAAAUGCAGCACUUUAUUUUGCUAGCGAUGAUUCGAGGUAUGUGAGUGGCCAUAAUUUGCUCAUAGAUGGAGGGUUUAGCAUUGUUAAUCCAUCCUUUCACAUGUUCCAAUAUUCAUCAGAGUCUUGAUUUUGUUUGCUAUCAUGAAGCAAUUAAUAAUUAUGAAGAAGCUAGAAUAAGGAAUCAUAUUAGCUUUGGUUGUUAUGUUGUACUGUUGCUACAAAUGCUUAGGCUUCUUCUGUAACUUAUGCUUUGGCUUUAUGAGUCUUUGACAAGGUCCUAUUACUUUUGA